AAGCAGUUACUCACGGCCCUUCCUUAUACUAUUGCAGUAUCCAGGGAGCGCAACUCCCAGUCCCCCAUACAGGCAGAGAAAACAAAGCUUGACUCUUCCUGAAUUCUGACCUGAUAGAACACCUUUGGAGAGUCACUGCAGGUGUUCCUAUUGUGCAGCUAUGCAUCUCUCACAAAGAUGUUCCUUCAGCCAACCUGCCCUCUUAUUCUUCCUCUACUUUUUCGGUCUCCUGUCCCUCUCUGCAUUCUUUCACCUAUAUGACAAGAUGCCAUAUCAGCUGUGGAGGAUCAGCUUCAAGAAUGCAUCUAAUUUCCCAGAGAUGGGAAAUUCAUCCAGGUUAUCCUGUAAGAUCAUAGAUAGUGGCAUAUGGACAGUGAAAUCUGAUGGCCGUUUGGGAAACCAGAUGGGGGAAUAUGCCACCCUCUAUGCCUUAGCCAAGAUGAAUGGACAUCAAGCCUGUAUUUAUCCCGCCAUGCACAAGUACCUGUCACCAAUGUUCCGAAUCACUUUACCAGUGCUCCAUGCUGAAGUGGCUAAAAAGAUCCAUUGGAAGGACUUCCCUCUGCGAAGUUGGAUGUCAGAGAGUUAUAAACACAUCAAAGGCAAGUACAUCCGACUGACGGGCUACCCAUGGUCUUACACUUUUUAUCACCAUAUCCGCCAAGAGAUACUUCAGCAGUUCUCCUUCCAUGACCACAUCAAGGAAGAAGCCAAUCAAUAUCUUCAGAAGCUAAGGGGGCAGCGCCAGGAGGUGACGUAUGUUGGAGUGCAUGUCCGCAGAGGGGAUUAUGUCCAUGUGAUGCCCAGCUGGAAAGGUGUGGUGGCUGACAGAGGCUAUUUGGAGAAAGCCAUGAACUAUUUCAGAGAGAAGUACCCCAAUCCCAUCUUUGUGGUGACCAGCAAUGGGAUGGAGUGGUGCAAAGAAAACAUCAAUGCCUCCAGGGGGGAUGUGUAUUUUUCUGGGGAUGGGCGCGAGUCCUCUCCAGGGAGGGAUUUUGCUCUCCUUGUUCAUUGCAACCACACAAUAAUGACGAUUGGCACUUUUGGCCGCUGGGCCGGCUACCUGGCUGGUGGGGAGACCGUCUACUUGGCCAACUACACCCUCCCAGACUCUCACUACCUUAAGGCCUUCAAUCUCUCAACACUGUUUUUACCCGAAUGGAUUGGGAUUCCAGCAGACCUCUCCCCUCUGCUAUCCAAGAAACCUUCUCUUUUUUCUUUUUUAAAUAUUUUUUAUUGA